AUGUUUCAGAGUACAGAGAAGGUAUCGUUGGUCGUAUCACGAAAGGUUAAUUCUCCCUUAGGAUCUAACCCCCGCCCAAAGUCUGCUCCUGAGUCCCUAAACUUGGACUCCACUGUAUCACAAGCCUCAAACCCUCCCUGGGGCCUCAACUCUGUCUUCAACGACUCCCUAACUCUCCCCACCCCUACAACUCCUCGCCACCUUGCCACCACCAAUCUCAAUAGGGACUUCUCCGAGCCACUACAAUACAAGUUCAUCACAAUUGUCAAGGAGGCAAAUGAGAGUCUAGGAAUGAGGAUUGGAGGAGGAAUAAGCAGCAAUGAAGGUGACAUCCCUAUAUACAUAGCCAACAUACACCCUCAGGGAUGCGUUGGCAAAACACAACGAAUUUGGAAAGGAGACAUGCUGAUAGCUGUGAACGGCAACAGUUUGAUUGGACUAAGCCACGCUCAGGCAGUGGCCACCCUGAAGUCCACCAUCCCCAACACAAGGGUAGAAAUUACCGUGGUGGAAGGGCCUGAAACUUCUCUUGGAGCGAUGAAUUUUGUCCCUUCUUGGCUUUACUGGCAGAAGCUACCAAGGUGCCUUCAGUUCCCGAAGACAGUGACCCUGUAUCGUAGCCCGGGGGCCAGUUUGGGGUUCAGCAUUGUAGGGGGAGAGGACCCUAUCAGAGGCUCGCACCACAUCCACAUCCUAUUUGUGGUCCAAAACUCCCCUGCCGCCAGAGAUGGGAACUUAAGAUGUGGAGAUCGAGUGCUAUCAGUGGACGGCCAAUCACUGGAUAAAGUCGAGCACUCUAAGGCUGUCUCAAUGCUGAAGAAAACCGGCACAAAAGUAGUGCUUGAGGUGGUGUCUUGGCUUGGCACGGAAAUAUGAUAAUCAAAUCAUAUUACGAUCAAAGUC